AUGAUACAGUACAAACUUUUCUCCUCCUCGCUUUUCAGCGAGUCCCUUCUGGGCAAACUCGUUUCCACAGCACACCGUCAUGCUCCGACCACAGUUCUCGGGUGGAUCUUGUUCCUCAUUGCCUCCUUCAUCCUCCUUGUUUUCUCUCUGAUCAGCUAUGUAGCGUUAAAGAUGCUAUACAACACAACUCUAUACCACUACUAUCUUUCCCCUCUUCGCCAUCUCCCUGGUCCCAAACCCAAGCUUUUCAUUGGAAACAUGGAUGAGUUCACGCAAAAACCUGGCGCAGCAGCGGAACUCGAUUGGUCACGCAGAUACGGACAAUCUGGAGUGUUCCGAUCGACAUUCCUCUUUGGAAGGGAAGCGGUCCAUUUCAUGCGACCCAAAGCUUUGCGCAAGAUUUUAGUCGAAGAUCCUUAUUCCUACCCAAAGCCUCCGAUCGCAUGGAAACUUCUCGGUUUAAUCGCAGGCUACGGCCUCUUGACGGUUGAAGGGGAAACGCAUAAGAGAAUGCGCAAGACGAUGAAUCCAGCAUUCUCGCUAACCAACCUUAUCGAACAAUUCCCCGUCUAUUACGAUAAACUCUAUCCCCUCAUCAAAAGAAUGAAAACUCAAGUCCACCAAGCUUCGCAAGACUAUGCGAUAAUAGACUGCGAUGCAGCAGUGAACAAAGCUCUACUCGACAUCAUCUGUUUAACCGCGUUCGGGUAUGAUGCCAACUGCGUCAAUGAUCCAGACAACGAGCUUGCAAGUGCCUAUCAUUUGGUUACCAGUAUGCAAAACGGACAGAAUCAAGCGAGGAUCAAUAUGGCUUUGAACUUGCCGUUGGGUGAUACCGUGUUGGAUUGGGCUAGUGAUAAGUUUGACUUUGCUGGACCUCUCAAGAGGUCAAAGCCAGGUUCGGUGGGAGAGACGUUUUUUGCACUCUUGAAUGGUGUGCAUAGGAUUAAGAAGGUUAGUAAGCAGAUUUUGCAUAAGCAGUUGCAAUCGGGGCAGAGAGCGGCCAAGGUUGGAGGCUUUAAAGCGAUCAUUGACAUUAUCGAGGAGAGUCAUUUGAGCGAGAAUGAUGGCAGGCCGAAAAAUUUAAAGCAGGCUGAGAGGCAUAUGAUCAAUCAGGUGCUUACUUUCUUAGGCGCUGGACAUGAAACUACUGCUUCAGGUGUUUCUUGGACUCUAUGGAACUUAGCCUCUCAUCCUCAAGUACAGGACAAGUUGAGAAAAGAAUGCACGGAAUUGAUGGAUCAAGACGAACGACCACCCUACUCAGCCCUCAAGGCUUUAGCAUACUUGGAUGCAGUCAUCAACGAAUCCAUGCGAAUCACACCACCAGUCCCAAGAACGGUACGAAUCGCAAGCAAAGCUUCCACCAUCGACGGCCUCUAUAUCCCUAAAGGAACUCUUCUCCCUAUCUCGAAUCGAUCUAUCAACAUGGAUACGCAAGUCUGGGGUCCAGACGCAGACGAGUUUAAACCGGAGAGAUGGUUCAACCUACCGGACAAAUACGAUCGAACCUUCUCAAUGAUCACCUUUAUCGCUGGUGCACAUGCUUGUAUUGGAAGAACAAUGAGUUAUUUAGAGAUGAAGGCGGCCAUCUUUUUGUUGGUUAGCAACUUUAGGUUCGAACCGGCCUCCAAGGAUCAAGAACCGAUUAUGGAUACAUUGAUUACGAUGAAGCCUCAGGGCGGCUUGAAGUUGAAAGUCUACAGAGCUUGA